CGGAUAUAGUGAAUGCAGGGUCCAGGGAGACCAGAUAUAGUGAAUGCAGGGUCCGGGGAAAACGGAUAUAGUGAAUGCAGGGUCCGGGGAGAACGGAUACAGUGAAUGCUGGGGUCCGGGGAGACCAGAUAUAGUGAAUGCAGGGUCCGGGGAGACCAGAUAUAGUGAAUGCAGGGUCCGGGGAGACCAGAUAUAGUGAAUGCAGGGUCCGGGGAGACCGGAUAUAGUGAAUGCAGGGUCCGGGGAGAGCGGAUAUAGUGAAUGCAGGGGUCCUUGGAGAGCGGAUAUAGUGAAUGCAGGGUCUGGGGAGAGCGGAUAUAGUGAAUGCAGGGUCCGGGGAGA